AUGCUGCUGCCCUCCGUUUGCUUUUUCAUACUCCAAACUUCUUCAUAUUUUCCUGCUUACUUUGUUUCAGCUUUGUUGCUGGCUGGCACAUCUGCAACUAAAGAAGCCACCAAGAAAAACAAAAAGCCAAAAUUAUAUGUACCUCAGAUCGAGUGUGACGUCAAAGCUGCGAAGAUCAUAAAUCCAGAAUUCAUUGCCAUGUGUCCCUCAGGAUGUCAAGAUGUCAAAUACCGAGUCUAUGGCACUGAUAUCUAUGCGUCUUUCUCCAGCAUAUGCGGUGCUGCAAUUCACAGUGGUACAAUAGACAGAUCUGGAGGAAAAAUCCUGGUUCAAAAAGUUGCCGGACAAUCUGGUUACAAGGGUAGUUUCACUAAUGGAAUCCGAUCAUUGUCUUUACCACGGUGGAGGGAGUCCUUCAUUGUUUCAGAAGGCAAACCCAAAAAAGGUGUGCAGUACCCAUCAACUCUUGAAUAUUCAUCUUCCAAAAGCACACCUGUUAAAGGUGGUUCAGUACGGAAGGAAUCUCAGGUGACUGCAGCAGCACCAUCACACGCUACACAAGCUACACCAAAGCCCUUGAUCCUCACUACAGAGUCUGUCAGCACAACCCCAAAGGCAACACCAGCCCCGACUAGCACCACUUCCACCACCAUCAAAAUGACAACCGUUGCAGCUACAAAGCCACAGGCUGCAAUCCACAAGGUCAAGGACAUAGGUUCCAGCAAUGUCCAUCCUGCUUACUCAUCAGUGGCGGCUGUAGCAUCAAGGCAAGUUCAGUCUGUACAAGGAAGAACCCAAAAUCAAGCAUUUAGAGGGACUUCCAGCUAUGCAAGUAACAGAAAUAUCCCUCGACCUAAUACAGGUCUUCAGCGUCAGGAGCCAGUUGCUACAUUCCGGAAACCUGCCAUCAGCCCUGCCAAUCAAGCUAUGGAAACAGACUUGUGGAAACCUGGAUCAAGCCUUUUUGACACAGGUUUCAGCUCCAAGGAAGACUUGGUCCCAAAACCUUUGGAGCCAGUUUCCCAGGGAAAUCCAAAUUGCAAGGUUGAUUUAGCCUUCCUGAUAGAUGGGAGCUGGAGCAUUGGCAAGCGCCGCUUUCAGAUCCAGAAACAGUUCCUCAGGGAUGUAGCUCAGGCCCUCGAUGUUGGCACGGCUGGGCCUCUCAUGGGCAUGGUUCAGUAUGGUGAUGAUCCUUUUGUCGAAUUUAACUUGAAGUCCCAUACAAACUCGAAGAAUCUGAAAAAUGCCAUUGAGAAAAUAGUCCAGAAAGGAGGAUUAUCCAAUGUUGGGCGAGCACUGUCCUUUGUGAACAAAAUCUUCUUCGAGGAUUCCAACGGGAACCGAGGCAGUGCACCGAAUGUUGCUGUCGUGAUGGUGGAUGGGUGGCCCACCGACAGGGUGGAAGAGGCCUCCAGGCUUGCGAGAGAAUCCGGCAUCAACAUUUUCUUUCUCACCAUUGAGGGACCCGAUGAAAAUGAGAAGCAGAAUGUAAUUGAAGCAAACUUUGUGGACAAGGCUGUAUGCAGGACCAAUGGAUACUAUUCAAUCAAUGUUCCCAGCUGGUUUAGCUUACACAAAGUAGUGCAGCCUUUAGUGAAGCGCGUUUGUGACUCCGAUCGCCUAGCAUGUAGCAAGACCUGCCUAAAUGCAGCAGACAUUGGGUUUGUCAUUGAUGGAUCCAGCAGUGUUGGCACCGGCAACUUCCGCACCAUCCUCCAGUUUGUAGCCAACAUUAGCAAGGAAUUUGAGAUUUCUGAUACAGACACUCGUAUUGGAGCUGUGCAGUAUACCUAUGAACAGAGGCUGGAGUUUGGCUUUGACAAGCACAACACCAAGCAGGACGUCUUGAAUGCUAUCAAGAGAAUCAACUAUUGGAGCGGAGGAACCAGCACUGGUGCAGCCAUCAACUAUGCCUUUGAACAGCUCUUCAGCAAGUCCAAACCCAACAAGAGGAAGCUAAUGAUUCUGAUUACCGAUGGCAGAUCGUACGAUGAUGUCCGAGGGGCGGCUACAGCAGCUCAUCAAAAUGGAGUUAUAGCUUAUUCAAUUGGAAUUGCUUGGGCUGCCCAAGAUGAGCUGGAAACCAUUGCAACGGACCCUGAUAAAGAGCACUCAUUCUUUGUGGAUGAAUUCGACCACCUCUACAGAUUUGUUCCUCGGAUCAUCCAGAAUAUUUGUACAGAGUUCAAUUCACAGCCACGGAACUAA